AUAGCAGCCAUUGACAAAAACAAAAUUAAAAAAAAAAUCCGUUCUAUGCAAAUACGUCUUGAUUAAGCUAUUUUCAAAAAUAAUAUGAAAGCAAAAAUCGCCAAGCUAACUGGAAGACAAGCCACUGUCAAUAAACUCAUAACAAAUCUGCAUGUGCAAGUUGGAAAGUUCUAAUAAAACACACUUUGCUCUCAACUUUGAAAUCACUAUUACGGUACUACUAUAUUAGUUAUGUAGUCCUGUUCACAUUCUUUGUUUUCUAUACCGUACUGGUACUAAUCUUAUAUUUAGCUUGCUCCGUUUCUCAGCUACAUCAUCGAUUUGCAAAGUCAACUUCAUUAUUAUGGCAAGACACUACUGUUUUGUGAAUGGAAAAAUAGCCACUUGUUGAAUGAAAUCAAACAGUAACUACCGGUAUGUGUCCAGCAAUUUCAACGGAUAAAACUAGCUGCAUCUUCUUGAAGAUACCCUAUUGUUUCUUCUUUGGCUAACAUGGCUUGAUUAAAAGAAGUACAGAUGACGUCAUUGGUUUUCAUCAUUACCAUGAUAAAGGAGAGAUAAUUAGCAGACAAGAUCAACCUUAUUAUGAAGAGAAGCAACAAUUUGUUGAAAGUAGAGACAUAACAUGGACACCAAAGAAUAAACGUCCAGAGAGAUUGAGAGAUAUGAUUAAAGAAGUAGAAGAAAUGAUAACUCAGUUCAACUGUGUUCAUGUCCGAUGGAGAAAUAGACAAGUCCUACAGCUGUUGCUAAGCAAUGCCUGUAUCAUCACAAUCAUUAUCAGUGGCCACUCUGGAGAUAUAGAGAGGAUAUAUAUUGACAAAUCAUUUGUGGCCAAGCUUAGCUGUGAAACAAUUUGUGAUGCUUACCUCAAUGAUCAAUUCUUUAUUGCUUCUCACAAUAACAUGAGUAAAAUUGAUUUUGCAUACUUCACAAAGAGACCCCCACUCAAUGAAGCUGCUAAACGACUUGAUAAACUUUCAUCUUGGGAACCUAAGAUAAUCCAGUUGGAUAUACCAGGACCGAAAGGUAGGAGGCUAGAUAGAUGUUUUUCAAUCAACACUGCUCAAGAUAUGAUGCUUGUUUGGUGGUCUGUUGGAAGUGGGGAGGCAUGGCCGUGGAGCCCAAUGUCUAGUGACAGAGAAAGGGCUAAUAUCACAAUACUCUCCAUCAAUGGACCAAUGAUCGAAGUUAUGACAUAUUUCAAAACACAGUGUGACCCUAUCCAUGCACAUUUUAGUGCCUUACAGCCUCAUCGUAUAUUUACUAUUGAACAAGAACUAGGUAGUCAUGGUGAGGUGACAGUCAGGGCUUGCACAUAUGAAGUCAUAAGAGGACAGAUCCAGACAGUAGUUGUUGUAAAUAUCCCAUUAAAAAGUACAGUGGUAUGCUUAGCUAGAAAUCCUCAAGAAGACAAACUAUUGCUGGGUCUCUCUGAUGCCUCAUUGGUUUUAUAUGAUGAACACAGGAAGAUUACACUCUUCACAAGAGCCGCCAUUCCACCUGCAAGUAUAUCUUGGCAUCCUACUGGAAAUAUAUUUUUGGUUGUCAGUGCUAGAGCUGAUAUACAGCUCUUUGAUAGAGGAUUUUCAUCCUUAGACAUACAGCUUGUUAGUGAAGAGCACUCACCUGAAAAGUUUUUCAGAAUCAGUAAAUUUUUCAAGACUUCUGUUACACUGAGACAAAUUAGUUGGUGCCCAUUUUCUCCACAAAGUUCAGAGAUGAUGUCUACUUCAAUGGAGGCUGCCUUUCUUUCUUUCAGCAGAGGCCCAGUAGGACUUGCACAGUUCCAUAUAGGUGUCAGGAGCAAGGAGAGAUUCUCUACCCUUGAAAUUGUUAAGGAAUACAUAAAAAAUAAACAAAUUGAUGAGGCUAUCCGUCUUCUAAGCAGCAUGAAUUGGGACAAUGAAAGCCAAUCUUGCUAUGCCUGCUUAUCAGCCAUUGUGAACCACUUACUCAGAAUUCCACUGAACUCCGAGAGAGAAGCUCAGUUGGAAGCUGCUCUAGCAACAUUCUAUGCACCCAAGCCACCAAUGCUAGAGGCUACUAUACUUGAAUACAGAGAACCUAUUAGUCACUUAGCUAGACGAUUUUUUCACCACCUACUUCGAUACAUACGUUUUGACAAAGCUUUUUUAUUGGCAGUGGACAUAGGUGCUAGGGAUUUGUUUAUGGAUAUUCACUAUAUGGCUGCAGAUAAAGGUGAGGCAGCACUAGCAGAAGUAGCCAAACAAAGAGCAGAACAGAUUGAGUCCAAUGGUCUUGACACACUAGAUGCUUUUGAUGUUGAUCCCUUUCUACUAGCCACUGGUCAGUCACAUGGCCGAAACAAUCACAGACAAAGUCAUGAGAUAAAUGAAAGUUUUCUUGAUCAGCUACCAAGUUCUAGACAUCAUCCCUGGCAGAGAGAUGCUAGUCAAAGAAAUAGAAAUGAUGAUCUUCAUUUGAAUGAAAGAAAUUUUCCUGACCUCCAAGAUUUGGGCAUUCACAUAGAUCUUAUCAGUGACUAUACAGCAGCAUUGUCAGACCAACCAGAUAUAAACAGUGUUCAAAGUUUGAAUAAUGAAGUUGAUGAAGAAGAAGAGAGAGCUGGGAGGGGAGGAAAAGUGAAAGUCUAUCAUUUUGGUAUCAUUUGAAAACCUAAUUAAUUAUCACUUAACAAUGUGAUACUGGUUGUUUCUGAAUUCAUUAUGCCAGAUUGUCUCCUGAAGUACUGAGCCAGUAGUAAGCAAGUCACAUACCAUUCAGAGUAUCUCUUACAUAUUUAUUUUAAACUAUUUAAUUUGAUUAAAUAUGAAACACUACUCCUAAUAGAACAAUAAUUGAUUGUGAUAUUCAUACAAAUUCCAUUGUAUUGUGAUAUUUGCCUUGUUCAGUAGGCGCUAUUUGUAAGAGGUUGCCAUAUUCAAUAUUAUCCAAUAUUAUGAUUCAUAAUUUGUUCAAUAUUUUAUAGUGUCAAUUAUGAUGUGACCUGGCAGAAUGCCAACUCUGAUGAAAUUUUUUUUGUAAAAUAAAAAAACUUUGAAUUGACAUUUUCACCUUGUAUGACAAGACUGUGUAGAGGAUUAUUUGUGUAAAUAUGUAUUCAAUUAAUUUGUGCAUAUAUUAUGUGAAUAUAAAUAUAUAUAUAAAUAAAAAAACAAGUUGUUAUGAAAUAUUAUAUUUUUUUAAUUAAAAAAUAUUAUUACUAAAUCUUUA